AUGGAUCUCAGCAUACCCUCUGGCUACGACUCAUACUCGAACCGGCUUGACCCUCAUGACGAAGUCGACGAUGGUCACGUUGAGAAGGGACCGCGUCCAAGUUCGGAUGAGCGAGCCCUUCUCAAGCAGCGCAGUGCGCCGCAAAACAAGAGCGGAGGCACCUUUGACACUAUCAGGCUCGCCUUGCGCAUCCUCAUUCUUCUGCUCGACCUCAGCAUCCUUAGCCUGCUGGUCCACGGAGUCAAUGUUUGGAAGACAAUGCACAACUCUGUUGAUAGGAAUGAGGACGGUUGGGUGAGAACCCGAUGGGCUUCCAUUAAAAUGUUGUCGACAUGGCUUAUGCUGGCCAUUGCAGCCUUUGCCUCGUUCAUUCAGAUUGUGGCUCUAGCUACCCGUCUCAGCUUUUCCCGCUCUCUCCGCAACGGCUCAGUGCAUACUGGCGCCCUCGUAGCCAGCUCUGGCAUCGUUAUCGCAGGUUGGGUUGGCGCAUCCGUCUACUUGAUUGUUGACAAGGAGAUACUUCGCAACAACCAUUGGGACCUUUGGUCUUGGUCCUGCCAAAACAACUCACGACAGAGUUACAUUCCCUGGGCGACCCUAUGCACAGAAAUGUUUUAUAUCUUUGCUGCAGGUCUGGUUGUGAUAGUCCUCGAAAUCCUUAGCCUUGCUUUCUUCUUCAUUUCGUUACGGGGGUGGGAUGAGGCAACGCUGGCGACUCUACCCUCACCUUAG